GAUCAAUACAAGUGUUAUUUCUCACUUAUAAGUUAUAACUUAUAUAUAUCACUCUCUCUCCCCAAUCUAUUCCCUAUAUUCACGCCUCACUCAUACACUUUCUUCUCUUUCCAAAAGCAAAAAACAAAAAUCAUCACAAAAUCCAUUCUUAGUGCUACUUUUCUACUAAACCAAACCAUUUCUUCUAUUUCUCUUUACUUUGUCACAAACACAAACAAAAAACAAAAAACAUGAGUGAGUUAUCUUUCUCAAACACUUCAAACAAGAACAAUGAAUUCUCAAGUAACAUCUUCAUCAUCUUCUUCAAUCUUUGUUUCUCCAUAUAUUCUCACCCUUUAUACUUUUCCUACUUCCUUUUCUUCUCUCCAUAUAUCCUUAAACUUCUCUCUUUUCUUUCACCUUUGUUCAUCACUACUACUCUUCUUCUCCUUGUUGCUCUUCUCACUUUCACUCCUAACCUUGUUCAUCAAAAGGGUAGUAGCAAAAGUACUAGUUCUGAUCUUUCUGAGUCUAAAUUAUGUUUUUUUCUUUCUAUUUUGCAAAAUUUUCUAGCAUGGUUUGAAGGUGAUGACAAAGAUGAAGAUAUUGGUUUACUUGAUGAGUUGGAAGCAUAUUUGGUUAUGUUCCAAGCUUCAAUCUUUGAAGUUCAUGAACCAAAAUUAGAAGAAGAUUUUGUCUUUGAAGAAGUAGAUGAAGAGUUUUCAGUUGAAGAAACAAGUGAAGUUUUUAGUCCAAUGGAAGAAGAGAAAAAAGUGAACUUGGUUGAAGAAAUUGAAAACCAAGUUGAGAAAGUAGAAAAAGUAGAAAAAGUUGUUGAAUUCACCAAGGAAGAAAAAGUGAUAGAUGUUAAGAGUUUAGUAACAUUGUUUCAAGAAUAUGCAGAGUUAGAAAAUGUGUCUUGUGAAAAAGAAGAAAAAGAAAUAGUCAAGCCUAUAUUGGAUUCUUCUAAAUUCAAUAAAGUUGAAGAAAGCAAAGAAACAUUAUGGUCCAUGAGAAGUGGAUCCAAAGUGAAGGGUAAUAAAGUGAGAAGUACUAAAAGUGAUGAAGAACAUGUUUUUGAUGAAGUAGUUAAGGUGAAAGUGAAAUCUCAAAGACUAGAUUUUGGGAGUCCACAAAGUAAUUGGGAGUAUAGUACUCCAAAGGGUAUUAUAGGAAAUAAUGAAGAAUUUAGUUCUAAUAAUCUUGGAAGUUUUGGAUCAAUGAGAGUGGAAAAAGAGUGGAGGAGGACAUUGGCUUGUAAGCUUUUUGAGGAAAGACAUAAUAAUGGUGAUGGAAGUGAAGGAAUGGAUAUGCUUUGGGAAACAUAUGAGAAAGACUCAAACAAGGGUAUGAAGAAGGGUAAAAAAGGGAAGAAAAGUGAAGUUGAGUAUUAUAGUGAGGAUGAGGUAGAUGAAGAGAUAGAUGAUGAGAUUGGGACUAAGUUAUGUUGUUUACAAGCUUUGAAAUUUUCAACUGGGAAGAUGAAUUUAGGUAUGGGAAGGCCUAAUCUUGUGAAAUUCUCUAAAGCUUUGAAAGGUAUAGGAUGGUUGCAUAAUGUAGGCAAGAAUGGAAAGAAGAAGAAUCACUGAAUUAUUGUUUUUUUUUUAAUAUUUUGUGACUUAUGAUUAGAUGUAGAAAUUGUGCAUUUGUUUGAUGAUGAGAAGUAAAUAUUUUGCAUGUCAAUUAUAUAAUGAUGCUUCUAUUGAGAAGUUUGAAUGAGAUAUGAUCUAAAAUUGUGUUUAUAA